GUAACGUCCUGCAGGUCACUAAUAAUUAAUACGGAGUAGGGACUUGGGAAUGAUUUUUAUCAAACGUGUUUAUUUUUCGAGGGAAAAGUAAUUUCUACAGUUGUUGUUUGUUGUGGUCUUGAGAGAUGAAUUUAAAUUUUAAUGGUUAAUGUUAAAAAAUGAAAACAAAUCAUUUUUUUCAUCUUAAUUGUUAUGAGUUAUAAAUAAUAUUUUACAUUCAUAUUUAAAAAAUACCAACUAUUAACAAUGCCUUCUGUAGCUUUAGACAAAGAAACAUUUUUUAAGAGGCUAAAACAAUUGUACCAUUUCUGGAAGAAUGGAAAAGAUGAAAAUGUGCAACUUUUAUCUGAUGUUGACGCUUUUACGUGUGCUGUUGGUGUUGAUGAUUAUACUAUGUAUAGCAAGUCAUCAUCUUUGCAGAUUUGGUUGUUUGGAUAUGAGUUAACAGAUACAAUAUCUGUAUUUUCAUCAGAAGGACUACACGUUAUGGCAAGCAAAAAAAAAGUUGAGUUUUUAAAACCUGCUGAAAAUUUCAAGGAUUUUGACUCUCCUGUUGUUCGACUUAUUACAAGAGAAAAAGGUGGCAAUGACAAAGAUGGUUUUGACAAAUUAAUUAAUGUUAUUAAAAGUAGCAAUAAUGGUAAAUCAGUUGGAAUUUUUGGAAAAGAAAAGUAUCCUGGUGCUUUUAUGGAUUCAUGGAGGUCAGAAUUCGAUAAAGGAGGUUUUGAAACUGUUGACAUAAGUGCUGUAAUAGGAUAUAUAUUGAGUAUUAAAGCUGAAAACGAAAUUAUAUUAAUGAAAAAAGCCAGCUUGAGCUCAGUUGAUUUGUUUAAUAAAUAUCUUAAAGAACAAAUUAUGGAAAUAAUUGAUUCAGAUAAGAAAGUAAAGCAUACAAAGCUUGUUGAAGGUCUUGAAGGGGCUAUAUCGGAGAAAAAAUAUUUACCGACAAAUGUUGAUCCGUCUCAAUUAGAAUAUUGCUAUCCUCCUAUUAUACAAAGUGGAGGAAAUUAUAGUUUAAAAUUUUCUGCUUCAAGUGAUAAAAAUAUAUUACAUUUUGGCGCUAUAAUAUGCAGUUUAGGAGCACGUUACAAAUCAUAUUGUUCCAAUCUUAUAAGAACUUUACUUGUUAACCCUACAGAAGAAAUACAGUCAAACUACGAGUUUUUAAUUAAUCUGCAUGAUGUCCUAGUAUCAGAACUGAAGGCUAAUAAUAAAUUAUGUAAUGUGUAUAACUCUGGAUUGAAUUACGCAAAAAAGCAAAAACCAAAUCUUGUUGAUUUUUUGACAAAGAAUUUUGGGUUUGCAAUGGGCAUUGAUUUUCGUGAGAGCUCAUUAAUGAUAGCUCCAAAAACUACUGCACUUGCUAAAAAAGGACAAAUUUAUAAUUUGUGUGUUGGUAUGUCAGGGUUAACAAAUAAAGAAGGAACAGACCAAGCGAGCAAAGUAUAUGCGUUAUAUGUUGGAGACACAGUUUUAGUUAAUGACGAUACUGCGGCUACUUUAUUGACUCCAUCUAAAAAAAAGUUGAAAAACAUUGCUAUAUAUUUAAAUGAUAAUGAUGCUGAAGAGGAAGAAGAUGAUGAAAAAGAAAAUGAACCAAAACAAGAACCAAUUGUUGGCAGGGGUAAAAGAACAGCAGUGUUAGAAUCAAAACUUAGAAUGGAUUCAUCAAGUGAAGAAAAACGAAAAUUACACCAGAAAGAAUUAGCUGUUGCUUUGAAUGAAGCAGCCAAACAGCGAUUAGCAGAACAAUCUAGCGGUAAACAAGCACAAAAAGUAAGAAAAUCGAAUGUGUCCUACAAAAGUAGAAAUCAAAUGCCCCAAGAAAAAGAUGUUAAAGACCUUAAAAUUUACGUUGAUAAGAAGUAUGAAACUGUUAUACUCCCGGUAUUUGGUAUUCCUGUACCAUUUCAUAUAUUCACAAUAAAAAACAUUUCCCAGAGUGUUGAAGGCGAUUACACAUAUUUGAGAAUUAACUUUUUCCAUCCAGGGGCUGCUUUAGCUAAAGGGGAAAAUUAUUUUCAAAACCCCGAAGCAAUGUUUGUAAAAGAAUUAACAUAUCGAAGCUCAAAUACAAGAGAACCCGGUGAACAAAUUACAGCUUCAACUAACAUGAUGAACGCUUACCGACUAAUCAAAGAAAUACAAAAGAAAUUCAAAACUCGUGAAGCCGAAGAAAAAGAAAAAGAAGAUUUGGUUAAGCAAGAUACUCUAGUAUUAUCUGUAAACAAAGGAAAUCCAAAAUUAAAGGAUUUAUACAUUCGGCCAAAUAUUGUAAACAAAAGAAUGACGGGUACAUUGGAGGCACAUUCAAAUGGAUUUAGAUACACGUCUGUCAGAGGAGAUAAAGUUGACAUCUUGUACAACAAUAUCAAGAAUGCUUAUUUCCAACCAUGUGAUGGUGAAAUGAUUAUUUUGUUACAUUUCCAUCUAAAACAUGCCAUUAUGUUUGGAAAGAAGAAACAUUUGGAUGUACAGUUUUAUACGGAAGUUGGUGAGAUAACUACUGAUCUUGGUAAACAUCAACAUAUGCAUGAUAGGGACGAUUUGGCUGCUGAACAGUCAGAACGUGAAUUGCGUGUUAAAUUGAAAACUGCGUUUAAAAGUUUCUCUGAAAAAGUAGAAGCAGUAACCAAACAAGAAAUUGAAUUUGAUACACCAUUUAGAGAUUUGGGUUUUCCUGGGGCACCAUUUAGAAGUACUGUUCUCUUACAACCGACCAGUGGCUCUCUUGUAAAUUUCACUGAAUGGCCGCCAUUUGUUAUAACUUUAGAAGACGUCGAAUUAGUUCAUUUUGAGCGUGUACAAUUUCAUUUGAAAAAUUUUGAUAUGAUUUUUGUUUUUAAAGAUUACCAUAAAAAAGUUGUUAUGGUUAAUGCUAUUCCAAUGAACAUGUUGGAUCAUGUAAAAGAAUGGCUUAACUCUUGUGAUAUUCGAUACUCGGAAGGUAUUCAAUCGCUAAACUGGACAAAAAUUAUGAAAACAAUAACUGACGACCCUGAAGGAUUUUUUGAAAACGGUGGUUGGACUUUCCUUGACCCUGAAUCUGAUGACGAAGAAGGAGCAGCAGAUGAAGAAGAAGAAGAAGAUGAACCAUAUGAGCCUACUGAUGUAGAAUCUAUUGAAGAUUCUGAUGAUGGAUCAGAAUAUUCCGAAGCUUCUGAAGAUUCAGAUAGUGAAGAGGAAGAACUAGGAUCAUCUGACGAAUCAGGUAAAGAUUGGUCAGACUUAGAGAGAGAAGCUGCUGAAGAAGAUCGAGAUAGAAAUGAAUUUCAAGACGAAUAUUCUAAAAAGAAUAGUAGUGGGAGCCGUUUUUCUAGUUCCUCUUCACAUAAAAAACGUAGUAGUGAUAAACACAGGCAUUCCUCUUCAUCAUAUUCAAAGAUAAAUAAUAGUUCAAAAAGCUCACCACAAAAGAACAAACCUCAUUCCAGCAGCCAUUCAAGUCCAAGCAAGAAUAAAUCAUCUCACCAUCGUUCAAGUAGUCAUUCUAGUCCAUCUAAAAAUAAAUCUUCAUCGUCUCAUCACAAAUCAAGCACCAGCAAUUAUCAUAGCAGUAGUAGCGGAAGCAAACAUAGGUCAUCUGGUAGUGAAAAACGUAAACACGAUAACAGUGGUGACCGGCAUUCUUCAAAAAAGUCCAAGAAGUAGAAACGUUAUUGGAAAUUCUUAACUGGAAUGAAAACUUAAUGUAAUUAUGUAGUAAUUAUUCUAAAAAAUUACAUGUUUGGUCAAAAAUUUAAUAAUCUUGUUUAGAAAAAUAUUUGUAAAUUUUUUUAAAGUUUUUUAUUAUAUAAACAUUUUUAUUUUGUAAUUUAUUUAUAAUUUAUGAUAAUAAACAAAUGGGUUUUUUCUUUUUAUA